GAGUCUCGGCGCCUUCUCUUCUCACUGCUUCUCAGAGUCUGUUAGAGAAAGAGCCGCUUCUUCCUGCCUCCCAGUCUGCCCAGCGGCGCCGGUUGCUGGGGAACACAGGCGCCCUGGGAAGGGAUGGCGGGAGGCCACUGCUUUGGUGCUGGGGCCGGAGCUGAUUUGGUGAAGAGGUCGGGCUCGUCAUGAAACAAGGAAAAGUCCAAGGGCCUGGGGGCGGCCGUAGCCGCAAGAAGAGAGGUUUGAGUGAUAUUUCUCCAUCUACAAGCCUACCACCUCUGGUUGAGGGCCAGCUACGCUGCUUUCUAAAACUUACUGUUAAUAAGGUCAUAUGGAAGAUUGCAAAGCCUCCCACUUGUGUACUUGUCCGAGUGAGAUGGUGGGGAGAAACCUCAGAUGGAACCCUCUUUUGUCCCAGAGACACAUUGCAGACUGAACCAAAAGCUGUGAGAACAACUACACGUUAUGCUGUUCGUUGUGGUCCAAAGCAGUUUACCUCUUAUCUAACAGAUAUGGCUGUGCUCGUGCUUGAAGUAAUCACCAAACUUGAUCAUCUUCCAAUUGGUAGAGUUCAGAUCAGUGGACUAGCCCAGCUUUCUCCAACCCAUCACAUCAGUGGACUUUUUACCAUUGUUUCACCAACAUCUAAGAAACUUGGAGAACUCCAGGUCUCACUUGCCCUGGAGCCUCUGUCAGAAACUUAUGAUAGCUACAGUCCUCUUCCUACCACUGAUAAGACAGAAAAUGUGCUUUUAUCCAAGCAGGGAUUCAGGGAAUAUACUGAACCCAGCAGUACCCAGUUUCUGGUUCCAUCAAGGCCUCAUAGGGUACCUACCACCAAAAUCGAUGGAAAAGAGUUAGCAUCUAACAGUAGUAGAUCAACAACUCCACGGGGAAAGGACCGCUUGCACUUUGCAGAGAACUCUGAUACAAUAAAGGACUCUUUCUUUGGACUACAGCACCAUCUUAAUUCAGAGGCCAUGACUCUGAAAGACAAAGCCCCACAGAAGCAGAUGUCCCUUCUUAACAGUUCUGAAUUCCAGCCUCAAAUUAGAACAGUUGCCAAGAGUCACAGUGACUCAUGCUUUUCUUCAAACAUCCCUCCUACCCAGGACCUUCUUUCAGCUCUGUUAGAACAAGGCAAUAAACUACGUAAUGCCAUGGUGAUUUCUACAAUGAAAUCAAGCCCAGAUACUAGCAUGUUGUUGGAUGAAGUUCAUCCUCCUAGGAAAGAAGAUUUUCAUAGAGCAUCAAUACAAAUCAAAGCCUUGUCUAAGAAUCAAUUUAAAGACCACACUGAAGAUCACCUCCUCCCUUCAACUGAGAAUACAUCUUGGAAGCAUGAUACAAAAGCUAAUAACAGGGCCAUACAGCUGCUCUUGGGCAGUGUGGAAUUAUCCCAAGGUCAUUACUGGGAUGGACUGGGCUCUCCUCCAGAUUCCCCAUCUCCAGGGAGUGAUGUGUACUGCAGCAGUGAACCGAAUGACCCUCACUAUGACCAGAGUCUCCUGGAGAGCUUAUUUUACACAGCACCUAAAUCUGAUACCAGCAUCAGUGAUUUCUUCAGUGAAGAUGAUAUUGUCCCUUCUAAAAAAAUGAACCAGCCAAAAGCUCUUGCUAGGUCUCCUAAGGCUCUGGAGUCAAAUGAUUCUAAGUUGAAAAAGAGGGCAUCAGGCAAGAAAAAUAGCAAUUUGGUUCAACAACAGAUGUUACCAGAAACUCCAGAAGAUGCCCAAACUGUGACACUAAGUGUGGAUAGACUGGCCCUUCUGAGUAGAACACAUUCUGUCAGAAUCAUCAUUGAAACAAUGGCAGUUCCCCCAGAGAGUCCUCAGAUGACCCCUGGCAAAAAAAGCUUUCCUGGGAGACCCCCUAAACUGACAGCAACAAAAAAGCGCACCUUCUUUGUGGAAUAUCAUUUUCCUGUGGGCUUUACCAAAAAUGGAUUGGAAAAGACAGCUUUGAUCACUGAGGUUGUCCGACUUGCCUCCAGUAAAACUACAGAUGGAAUGGUGAAAUUCCAGCAGCGAUCUGUGUUUCCAGUACAGUUUGGUGGCCCAAUGAUAGAACACUGGUGGAAUUCCAACCUCACCUUCCAGAUUUACACAAAGAAAACCCCACAGAAAAAGCCAGAAGUCAUUGGAUCUGCAUCACUGCCUUUGCGAUCUGUCAUUCAGUCUGAGCUGCUUUCUUUCUAUAACCAGCUUCCAGUGCAACAGGAAAAUGGUCAGACUCCAGUUGGUCCCCUCAAGGUUACUGUGGAGCUUAUUACAGAUAACAAGGAUUUCACCGGUGGGGUCAAUACUAAGUUAAGUAGCAGCAGUCAACAUACCUCACUUCAUGCUCUCACAAAUCCAGAUAAGACACUACCAGAACCUAGCCAACAUGUUGCCCAUACCCAGAACCCACAGAAUCUAAGCCAAACUCAUGAAGAAACUGCAAAGAAAGCACAGAAUUUGGUACGCUCCAACCCAAAGGCACCAAGCCCUGUUGCAUCAAAUCCUUCAACCCUCAUGGCAGUGCUGGCCUCUCACAGUUCAGUAAAUCAGACAAGUGGGUCAGCAAAAGAGAGUACUUUGCUGUUGUAUGUGCUGCUGAUGGUGCCAGAUGGGAAAGAUUUCAUUACUGGAGAUUCUGAGAAACAACCACCAUGCAAUGUUUAUUUAAAUUGCAAGCUCUUCACAGACGAAUUCUCCAGAUCUGUCAUUGCCUGGGGCACAACACAACCAGUCUUUAACUUUUCUCAGGUGAUUCCUGUCUCUCUGUCCUCCAAAUACCUGGAAAGGCUUAAGAACAAUGUGAUGGUAAUUGAAACUUGGAACAAGGUGCGGAGCCCAGGACAGGACAAGUUGCUUGGGCUGGUGAAACUCCCUCUCCACCAGUUUUACGUGUCAUUCAAAGACCCCAAGAUUUCUCGCCUACUGCUUGAUGCUCAGUACCCAGUUGUUGCUGUUGACAGCUACAUGCCGGUGAUUGAUGUGUUCUCGGGCCACCAAAAUGGGAAUCUUCGAGUCUUUUUAGCCAUGGGUUCUUCAGAUCAAAUAAUGGCACUACAAAGAUUAAAGAAUGAAGAAAGAAUACUUCCUCUCUUCAGCCCUAGGCCAGCUCAUUUCCUGGACCAGCCAUCUAUAGCCUCUGUUGCUGUGGCAGAGGACCAAGGAAACAGACUGAUGGAGCACCACUUUGAGCUUCAUGUAGAAAAGGUUAAAGGGCUAGCCCCUCUUCAGGCAACAGUUUGGGGAGAAGCAGAUUGUUAUAUUCAAUACUACUUUCCAGUUCAAGACGCACAACCUAGUGUGCUAAAAGGGCCUGGGUUCCUUGAAAAUGGAAUCACUUUGAAGCCUUUCAGAUCUGCGACCACACUCUGUGUUCCAGAACCCAUCUUUAAUAGUAAGCACCACCACUCUCUCCUGUUGCCAACUGAAGUUCCACUACAGAGGUUCCUACUGAGUGCCUUCUCUGCACAGGGUCUUGUGCCUGGAGGUGGAGUCCAGUUUGAAAUCUGGUGCAGAUACUAUUAUCCUACUGUAAGAGACCAGAUGGUCGCCAAAGGAACCUUACCAUUAUCGAGGAUCUGUGCCAUGGUAACCAUGCAGCACCAUGAGGAUGUGGGACUACAGACCUUUAAUCUCCCUUUAACCCCCAGGUUUGAGAACAGGAAAGAAUUGAGGAACCAAUCAUCGGGAUUACUGGAUGUGGGCCUAAGGUACAGGCGUACUCCAAGGACAGCAGAGGGAGUUCUUGCUGCCCGAGUUGUGUCUAUCUCAGUCCAGAUUAUCAGAGCCUGUGGUCUGCAAGCAGCAGCCAAGGCUUUGGCUGAGCACGAACCUGCUCUACAGUUCAGUGCCACAGUUGGGGUCAAUGCCUUCGUCACUGCUCAUCUCUCCUUCCUGCCCAAGGGAGAACAGCGCAGAACCCGCCCGGUGGCCUGUUCCUUCUGCCCUGAGUUUUCUCAUCACGUUGAGUUCCCGUGUAACUUGGUGACUCAGCACUGCACUGGAGAGGCCUGUUUCCUGGCCGAGCUGUUGGAGUUUGCAGAGGUCACUUUUGCUAUUUAUCAUGAAGAUACCAAAUCAGCCAGUGAUAUAGCUAGUUUCCAGUCAUUCAAAGAGUAUCUGCUCGGACUAGUAAAGGUACCCACAAAAGAGCUGCUGGUCAAGAGAUCUGGGAUUACAGGAUGGUAUCCUAUCAUUUUACCAGAAGAUGGGGCCCUGCCUCAUGGCUUGGAGCUCAUGCAGAAGAUUGUAGGUGGUCUGGAACUUUCAGUUUCCUUCACCCAUCCUGGAGAUAGAGAGCGGGUGUUGGAAGCUACUGAGCUAUUGGGCUGGAGUUUUGAGAACAACCUGAAGAAUCUUGUCAAAAUGGAUGGAGAAGAGCCAGCCACUGUCACCAUCUCCACUCCACGGCUCUGGUUGCCCAUCCAUUGUGUGCUUCUUGCUGGCCAUAGGCACAUUCAUAAGAACACAUAUUGCUACCUCCGCUACAAGCUGUAUGAUCAUGAAAGCUUUUGGACCCCUCUCAGGAAGCCUAAGGAAUCUACAAACAAAAAGCAGGUCAUGGUUACUUUCAAGGCAUCCAAAAGAGCAGAUGUCACUAGGGGCCCAUCACUGCUCUGGUACUUCAGAGAGGAGAGGUUAGAGAUCCAAGUAUGGCGGGCUUAUGGCAAUGACCGUAUGGAAAGGCCCCACCAGACGGACAGCUGGAUUGGCUCAGCCUAUGUGGACCUGGCCAGACUCGGGGAGAGGUCAGGAAGAACAUUAACUGUCAGUGGUGUGUAUCCUCUAUUUGGACGAAAUGCUUCCAACCUCUCCGGAGCUGCCUUGCGAGUUCACGUGGUUCUUUCUUCUCUUUCCCCACACCCUGGGCCCACUUACGAGCUGGACUCCAUGGACUGCAGCAGCCACAGUGAGUCUGAGCAACUCCCUAGAAGGAGUGAGGAGAUCCAGCUCUCCCCACCGGGCCGCCAGAAGUCUCCUGUGUCCACCCAGCUCCCCUGCAACAGCAUCACAGCUGAAGUCUGCCCGGCCCCAGAGGGCCCUGCUGAGUUGGAUGGGACUUUUGCCGUCAGUGUCCUGGUGGAAAGAGCAAUGCACUUGAGCUUGAAAGGGAGCCCCUUGACAAAGCGAAAAGUAUCAAUACCCAGUUGUUGUGUAUCCUUUGCAACAGCUGAUGAGCCAUCUCCUGUCUACACCCAAGUGGUUGAAAACACAGAUUCCCCCAUCUGGAAUUUUCAACAUCAAUCAAGGCUAUCAAAAGAGCUUCUUUUGGACCCCCGACAAACUCUGGUGUUCAAAGUUUGGCAUAAAGGAGAUGAGGAGAGGGUGAUUGGCUUUGCUUCGGUGGACCUCUCCCCACUUCUCUCUGGCUUCCAGUUUGUCUGUGGUUGGUACAACAUCACAGACUUUAGUGGAGAGUGCCAAGGGCAAAUUAAAGUUGCUAUCUCCCCUCUGGAGAGUUUGAUGCACUUUAAAGAAGAAAGACAAUCAAGACGUGGUGUGCAGACCUCAGGAUCACUGAUCCCAACAUAUAGUACCUUUUCCUUCCCUGCUUCUGAUGUAUAUGCUGCAUUCCCAAGUUGCAUUGUAAAACAGACCACAGAACUUGCUCACACCUCAUCAAAGGAAUUUGAUUUCUUCUCUCCUGGGAGAAAUGGUACUGCAAGAAGCCAGACAUCACGCCAUGAGGAACAUGUGCAGAACAUCCGCCGAUUUCAUGAAUCCCUGCAGCACGGGGAGGCAGUCGGGCCAGACAAUAACGGACUGACCACAUCGCCCUUGUCCUCCCAUCCUUCCAUUCUGACUUCUCUCAGGAGGAAUAUGAAUGAGCUAGAUCAGAUCCAGCGGUACUUCAGCCAGAAGCUCACCAAGCCUUUACUCCCCCUCAGUCCUCAGACUCAUACCAUCUUGCAGUGCCAGGAGAGCCAGAGGGACCAUCUGGGGCCGGGAGCCAGCAGCCUAGACCCCGAGAGCCAGUGCAUCCUGGAGAAAUCCAAUAACCUGGUGUUACAAGUCAGCUCCUUAAUCACGGAUCUGCAGAAUAUCACCAGGAAUUCUCAAGCAUCUUUGAGUUCUCACCUAGCCAAGAGUAGAAACAGAGAUGUCACCACUCUACCCAGUGCUCAGGACACAGUGGCCAUGCAAGAACAAAGCACAACUCCAGACCUGCCAUUGGCAAGAGCUCCAGAUGAGAGCAGAAACUCCCUGCCUCCCCCUCCUCUUGAAGAGACUUCAGCUGGUAGAAGAAUGCUCCAUGAUUCCCAGGGGCACACAGUACCCAUUACAAGGAUGCAGAGCAUUGAGGACCCUGCGGUAGGCCCAGCCUACAGUGAUGAGGACUAUGAAGAAGACAUUAUUGAGCCCAGGACCCUCAAUGAGAUCACCACCGUGACAGACAAAACCAGUCCUUGGUCCAGUUUCAUGUCAGACACAAGUGAGAUCAUCAGCCUUCAGCCUGAAGAAGGUCAAAGGGAAGGCCCCUCUUGUCCUCUGACAGAGCCUUUCCCCAGAGAGGACCUCAAGGUCAGAAGUGGCCUUCUGUCCAGCCCAGAAAGGGCUGUCAACCACCACCUGCCAAGGCCGGACCCUCCUAGCCAAAGUCUUGUUCCCUGUGAGGGUGAAUCCUCAAAGGCCAGGGCUGGAGAGCCUGCCUCUGCAGGCCCUCAGCUCAUCUCCCAUGUGACACUCUCAGGAGCCCAGAAGAGCAACGCCUUUGUUGGACUGAUCUCACCGAAAGCAGAUCAGAACCAGGAGCCCAGGCCAGAGGCCAAGGCUGAGAAUGAAGCUGUCUCCAGUGAGCUGAGUGACUCUGCUGAUAGCUUUGAGAACUUCCCUCUACACCUAGCCUCCCCGAGCAGAAGGGAAAACAGUAAGGGGCCACCCGUCGGCUGCCCUGACAUCAGGCAGAACAAGGGCACCUCUGGAUCAGAGGUGUCCACAAGGCAGAGCCUCCUUCCAGAGCCCAUUGUGGUGCCCAACUUCUUUCUGCCUCCCCAGCAACUGGAGGCUUCCCUGCGAUUGCUCUCACUCUCCACAGCUUUGCCACUGGCAACAACAGACCAGGACAAGAGUGAGGCCACCCGUGGAGCCUCGUCCCAAAGGCCUUGUCGCCCUAGAUCUCACUUGCUGCCUCCCAACCUGCCUGAGGAAGAAACUCGCAGGAUCGCACGGAUAUUUUCUUCUCAAUACUCCCAGAAAGACUAAUGCAGCCCAAGGGCCUGAGGGAGGACCCACCUGCCCACCGCCCCUCAGCCUUGUCUGCCUUGCAGGAGGCACCAGGUCUGCUGCUUUCAGGGCUGUGAGGCCACCACCAGGCUCGUCCGUGGGCGCCGCGAGGCCCAGUGAGCCCAGACUGGAGGCGCGCCCCAGAGCAGCCUGGUGUCUGCUCGCCAGGACUUCAGAUCCUCCUUUCAUGGUGAGGCAAAGGCUGGUGACAAAACAGAUUCCAGCGCCCUGGUGGCCCACACGUCUUUUCACCAAGGGACACAAGCAGGCAUCUGUCACUGAGAAACUCCUCCAGUGUCCUUGACACACAGCCACUGCUGAUAGGAGCCCACCCUCUGCCCGAGUGUGCUGGGUCGUUUUGCCUUGAGGGUUGGGGGACGGUGGGUGAGGGGCAAGGUUUGUGUGCAUCAUUCCUACCAAGGGAAAAACUAGGGCCCUCUCCUGUUCAUUUGCUUGGGAUAAGGGUAUUUCAUAGAUACAAAUUAUUUUUGUGCUGUUGAAUUAAUAGGAGAGGAGAGGGAAAUCACUUCCCUCUAACUUUUUUUAUCUUUCAAACAAAAGUAUGAAAUGCUAACCAUACUUUUAACUUAUUGUUUUUACCCAGCUCUGAAGGUCAUUGUUCCUGCCUGUGUUUGAAUAAAAUCAUAUUGGUAUUUGUAUUCUGUGCAUUAGUGUCUCCUGCGUUGGCCAUUGGCCUGAGGUAUUAGGACUUUGUCUGUGCUCUGAGGGCCAGACAGAAAGCUUGACAACCAUAAGUCCCUUGGAGAAGCUCAUCUGGACCCAUG